AUGGUCUCCCAAAUUCUAAUUUAUCCUCCGUUGCUCAGCCCUUUUAUAUUUCCAUUAGCACAUUCUACGUGGCAAAGCAUUUAUCAAAUUCUAUAUAUAUCUCUUCAAUCCUUCCUCCAAUUAUAAAAGAACAUACUAAUAAGUUGCCUUUAUUUUUAAAUUACAAUAAGUAACAACUAUUUCAAAUAAAAUAUUAGGCGCUGGUAGCAGAAUUCUUCUCUACCGUAUUCUUCAUUAUCUGAGAACUCAAUAUUCCUUUCCUAAAGGGUUCACUCUCCCAUCAAUCAGGAUUCGACUAUCAAAUAAGAGAGUCAUUUUUCAUAAGAAUCUAAUUAUACAAUUGAAUUCUUGUAGGUUUCCUUCUCUUUUGUUUUCUUUAUAAUAUGGUUAGUCAAAGCCAUUCAUACAGGAAAGCUUUAAGGUAAUUUAAUUUGAAUAAAUAGUUUAAUUUCUUUAAAAAAUGCCACAGAUAUACUUUCUGUUUUUAACACUAGAAAAGUUUGUUUAUAGAAAACAGUAAUUGUGGUAAACAAUAGUAGGCGAUGAUUCUUUUAAAUAUCAAAUGA